GCUAUAGACUUUGCUUUCGCCUACGGAAGUGGUGUUUUUGGACAGGAUGGAUAUUCCGACCAUGAACAAAAGGAAGCAAUUAGGGGCGUCAAUGAUCAACUCCUCCAGCCUGGAGGGUCGACACCGUCUGCAAACAUGCAACUUAAACGCCCUCCCAUGCUUGAUUUGGUGGUAGCUGUGCGCAAUCCAAUCGAAUGGCACCGGGAAAAUCUGGAGCGGAAUUGGAAGGACUAUUCAAUACUGCGAUACCUGGGAGCCGAGAGGUUAGGGCAGAUACAAGAGGACUAUGGCGCCGCUCUCUACUACAACACGGCUCUUCCUGUUCCAGGACACCCCAACCGCGUCAUGAAGUAUGGCAUCAUUAGCACCCAUGCUCUUCGGCGGGACCUGGUCGAUUGGCAAUGGAUGUAUGCAGCAGGGCGCAUGCAGAAACCUGUCAAAAUUCUUAAAGCUUACGAGGCACUUGCGGAAGCACAACGCAUGAACUUGAGAAGUGCCGUACGCGCGGCUUUGCUCCUGCUUCCCGAGUCCUUUUCCGACUUCGACUUAUUCACGAUGAUCGCGGGCCUGUCAUAUAGGGGCGACUUCCGCAUGACUUUCGGAGAAAAUCCUAGAAAACUGCCGCUGCAGACAAAGGACGGUUCUCUCAAGACCUGA